AUGGAGCAUUUCAUGGUGAAACUGUGUCAAAUAUUGACUAUCUUUCCAUCCACUGAAUCAGCUUUCAUGUAUGAUCUAAUGAUUUCCCACAAGGAAGAACUCGCACUACUUAUGACUUUGGAACAAGGGAAGCCUCUAAAAGAGGCCUUGGGUGAGGUUGCUUAUGUGCUGGCUUUAUUGAAUUUUUUGGCUGAGGAGGCAAAACGUAUAUAUGAUAAAUGCUGCAACAAGGGUUUUGAGAAAGCUCAUGAUGAGAAGGUUAUUCGUACUACUUCUACAUAUGGACUAGUGCAAGUGACUGCCUUUAUUAGCAAUCAUGCUGACCUGUUUUACAUUAAGAAUUUAGGGGAAGAAUGUUUAACAGGGUGUGCUGAUGUGGUGGUGGGCAAUGCUUCCGAUAUUGGUGAUACUCUACUCCAAAGCACCAAGGUAAGAAAGAUCACGUUCACUGGAUCAACAGCUGUUGGGAAGAAAUUGUUAGCAGGCUCAGCAAAUACUGUUAAAAGGAUAUCCUUGGAACUUGGUGGAAAUGCACCCUGCAUUGUCUUUGAUGAUGCAGAUCUGGAUGUUGCAGUAAAAGGCGCUCUUGCAGCAAAGUUUCGUAACAGUGGGCAAACAUGUGUUUGUGCAAAUAGAAUACUGGUGCAAGAAGGCAUUUAUGAAAAGUUUGCAAAUGCUUUUGCAAAGGCUGUUCAGAAUUUGCAGGUUGGCAAUGGCCUCGUAGAAGGCAUAGCUCAGGGCCCGUUAAUCAAUGAAGCUGCUGUAGAAAAGGUUGAAAAAUUUAUCAAAGAUGCCACUUCAAAGGGAGCAAACGUUAUACUUGGGGGAAGGAGACACAGUCUGGGCAUGACAUUUUAUGAGCCUACUGUACUUGGGAAUGUUAAUGAUGAAAUGCUCGUAUCUAGGGAAGAAGUAUUUGGUCCAGUUGCACCGCUCCUGCGUUUUAAAACGGAAGAAGAUGCUAUUCAUAUAGCUAAUGACACAAAUGCAGGGCUUGCUGCUUACAUAUUCACAACAAGCAUACCUCGUUCUUGGCGUGUAACUGAAGCUCUUGAAUAUGGACUUGUUGGUGUAAACGAAGGACUGAUAUCUACUGAGGUGGCACCAUUUGGAGGAUUUAAGCAGUCUGGUCUUGGACGAGAAGGUUCAAAAUAUGGGAUAGAUGAGUAUUUGGAACUUAAAUAUGUCUGUUUGGGGAACAUGAAGGAGGCUUAA